AUGACUGAAUUCUUUCACCGUAUGGCUGAAACGAUUCAUGAUCCCAAUGGGUUAAACUUUGAAAAAAUGAGGAAAAUGGGUGAAGUUGAUUUUGAAGGCACAAUUGAUCCCAUUGAUGCUGAACAUUUUCUUGAGCGCAUAGAGAGGGUGUUUGAGCAAUUGGAGUCUUCAGAUGUUUCCAAAUUCAAGUAUGCCAUCUCGUUAUUGCAUAAGGAUGCUUAUGAGUGGUGGGGAAGUGUGCCAAAUAAAAAAGCAAAACUUCCAGUUCUUACUUGGGAUGGUUUUGUUAAAGAAUUUCAAGAAGCUAGUAGAUAUGAGAAUAGAUUCUGGAAGCCUAGGUCAGAUUUUGGAGAUCCAUCCAAAAAGGGAAGGUUUGAUGAUUCUAAGGCUGGUAGUGUCAACAAGUCAGAUCAAAAGAAGCAAAGCAGACUAGAUUUUUCUAAAGCUAGUACUCUGAGUUAUAGCCAAGGCAAGACUCGCAUUCCUACUUGUGUAGAAUGUGGAAAGAAUCAUUAUCGUACUUGCAGGAGAGCUUCUGGUGCAUGUUUUAAUUGUGGCAGCUUUGAUCAUAAAGUGAAGGACUGUCCUAAUCCUAAAAAUGUUCCUCUCUUGCAUACUGAGGGAUUAGUUCAAAAGUCUUCUAAUAAUCCUCCUCAAACCAAUAGAGGUGCAAGGCCUAAAAAUAACCAAGAAGCGGGAGAAAGUGGAGCAAAUCAAGCUAGCGGGUCAUGA